GUGAGCUUUGAGUGCGACUGAUUUCCUUGCCGCAGCCUGUUUAAUUGUGAGGUUGCUGUACUCUACUCCCAUCAUUUCUGGCUGUUGCUUGUUUUGUGUGACUGGAGUUGUCGAAAUUUCUUCCUCUGUAUGCCCCGGUGCAUUUCCUUACUGGUCCCCCAUCUUAUAAGAUAGAAAGAGCUUGGAGGUACGCUUUUGAGGGGCAUUGGCCGUAUAUCGUGCAAUCCCGCAAGACUCAUCCUGCUUGGCCUUGAGCCAUAGCGGAAUGAUGAGCUCCAUGGAGAGGGAGCCGCUGCUGGACGAGAAGUAUGCGCUUCUCGACAGUGACCUAGAAGGAAAGAGCAUGGCAACAGACAUCAGAAGGAGGAUUGAACGAUGGCGACCCUUCUCCAAGCAGGACGGCAUGCAGAGUGCUCGGCGCCUGCCCUCGACAUGGCUCUUGAUUUCUCUCCUGUGCGGCACCGCUAUCCUCGGAUCCUUUACUUUCUAUUCUGCUUGCAUAUCCGGCACCCACCACUCUCCUAUCUCCCCUACCGACGACAUGACCCCCAUCUCCAACUAUACCUGCAUCCCAGGAAAACCCUGUUGGCCCUCCGCGAGUCAGUGGGGUGCCUUCAACCACAGCAUCGGCGGUAACCUCAAAAUUACUGUCCCUUGGGCUGCCCCUUGUUACUCCGGCAUGUCCAGUGAGGAGUGCAAGAAGGUGGCGACUCACUAUAUGGACGGUAUUUCCCGAACCGCACAAUACGGCUCUAUGGAAUUUCUCGACUGGGAAACUUGCGGGCCGUCGAAUUGCAUCCUCAACUCUUUCGCUCCUUCUUCUCCUGUCUCCGGGCAAUGCCAGCUCGGUCGCCUUUCGUCGUAUUAUGUUGAAGCCCACACUGCAGACGAUAUUAGCAAGGCUCUUAAUUUCACUCGGGAGCACGGAAUUCGAGUAUCUAUCAAGAAUACUGGUCAUGAUUACUUCGGACGUAGCAAUGCGGCAAACUCUCUCGCUAUCUGGACACACAACAUGAAAGACGCGAAGUACUACAAGACUUUUCAACCCAAGGGCUGCAAGACCCAGUACACCAACGUAGGUCAAGUCGGUGCUGGUAUCCAGGCUCAAGAAGCCUGGGAGUUCUUUGAGCCAUUGAACAUGCUCGUCACAGUUGGCGCAGUCAGCUCCGUCGGUAUCGCAGGAGGUUUCGGACAAGGCGGCGGCCACGGACCUUUAGGACCGACGUGGGGACUGAUGGUCGAUCAGGCUAUUGAGUUUGAUGUCGUAACUGCCGAUGGCAAGGUCCGCACCAUCAAUGAAUGCACAGAUCCCGAUCUUUUCUGGGCUAUGCGAGGCGGUGGUGGAGGAACCUACGCCGUUCUGACUGCCUACAAGUUCCAGCUCCAUCCUGCGAUUCCUCUGAACGUAUACAGCUUCCAAGCCAACUGGACUCCUCCGACAGACAUCACGGAAUCAAAGGUACAUCGCGAUAUCAUAACAGCACUCGCUCGAAACCAAACCCUCUUUGCCAAACACGGUAUCGCUGGCUACAAUUUCCUUCUCCCUGAUCACAUGGUCUCACUGCAAAUUCUACCUAGCAGUGACACCGAAGCCAUAAAAGCGAUCACAGCUCAAUGGCACGACUUCCUCACAUCAUACCCUAACCUCACGAUCCAUGACAACACAUACCACACCUUCCCCAAAUUUUCCGAGUGGCACAAAUUCUCAGAAUCACCCUCUAUCGCGCGCAAUGGCCCUGUUGGUCUCGGUCUCGCUGAAUCCGGCCGUUUCGUUCCCAAGAAGCUUUUCACGACUGAAGAAAAGAUCUCUAGCGUUGUCAACGCCGUCUUAUCUGCCAUGCAAAUAUCAGUUACGAAUAAAGGUGGUGGAUCUGCUCAACUUUACGCGACGGGUCCUCUCAACCAGCCAGACAAUGCCAAGACUGGAGUAAAUCCGGCGUGGAGAGAUUCCAUGUGGGAAGUCAUCAUGGGAGGAAUCUGGACAUCCAACACCCCUCUCAACGUUCGAACCCAAAUCCAAAACACCAUUUCGGCGUCGAUACAGCCGUUCAAGGCGAUCACGCCAGAUGGUGGGUGUUAUAUGAAUGAGGGGGAUUGGACCGAAGAGAACUGGCAGCAGACUUUCUUUGGAAGUAACUACAAUAAGCUGCUGGCGGUGAAGAAGAUAUAUGAUCCGACAGGACUUUUCAAUUGCUGGAAGUGUGUGGGCUGGACUGGGUAUGAAGAUCCUAUGUACUCGUGCUACGCACAGAGUGGAACAUAUCCGAAUCCUACCAUUCCUCUCGGUCCCGCAGUAUAUGAGUAUGAGUAGUUCUUAACGUUGCGCUUUCUAAAUUUUAGCUAUUCAUACUAGUUGUUUUGCCCCAGGUGUUCUCUUUGCCUAUUUCAAUUUCGCAUCGCCGUGCCAACUAUUUAGCAUUAUGUAAAACACUAGGGUUUAGAACAUCUUCGGAAGGGAAUGGAAAGUUUCGCAUGGGUAAAGGCGACGGAGUAGGGAGCAUGAUCGAGGUAUUUCGGUUUGUCUAUACCUUACACCUAUUAUCCUCUUUAUAUGUCGGUGUUCUCUGUAGCAUAUUUCCAAAGAAUCUAUCUAUAUGAUCUUUCCC